CUUGUCAAAACUCAACUGAUCGACUGCAUCCCGCUGCGAGACCCAUCAGAAGGUUGGAAAGCCAAUUACGCGUUCUGGAUAAGAGAUGUGUUCGACGCUUUUUUGAUUUCAUUCGGCGGCAUUUCGCAAACUCAAUCGAUGGUUGUGGCCGGCGCCCUCACAAACACUGGAGUUUUCAUGUCCUCACUAGCCACAACUGUUGUAUAUGUACUGCUGACACUUGGAGUCGCAGCGAUGUGGCGCUUUCCCGUCCCUUUUGGACUGAUUUUCCUUGUGAGGCCUUUCGUCAUAAUUAUCACGACGUUUGCAAUGUUGAGCAUUGGUCCUCGUACGAUAGCAAACUCACCAGUAAUUUCCACUCAAUUAAAAGCGUUCGCAUGGGUCAUUGUCAGUGGCAAUGGUCUAUCCACUUUAUACUGCAGCUUUCUAUCGACUGUCGGUUUAACAGGAAGAAGUGCUGUCUUGGGGGAGGGCGUGCGGAACUAA